UUUUAUUAUUAGUUAUGUGAAUUGAAGUUUAUAAAUGUUUAUUAUGUGAUAGUAAUAUGAAAAUAUCGCCGGAGCAAACCGGUUGUCCGAAAAUCUCGAACAACAUACGAUAAUCUAGAACUUUCGAUAGAAUCUUCAUUGAAUGAAGUGUAUUACUCAUAGUGCUAUAAAUUAUUUACAGCAAUAAAAAUACCGCGAGACUUUCAGUAUUUGCAACCACAGCAAAGUGUAAUGGAUCAUGACAAUGCAUCAGAAGUUUCUGGGAAUAUCUCCGAAUCACAUCCUUCUGUUUCUGGAGAGUGCUCCAAAUCACAAGCUACUGUUGAUUCCGCGUCUACUGAGGCUGUUGGUACAUCGACAGACGAAUACGCAAUCUGAGGAUGAAAUCGAGCCAGAGGAGGAAGAUGAUUCUACCGAUGAAGAUGAUGAUUAAAAAAAAUCCUCAAAA